AUGUCGGAGAAAUAUAUAACAAAGAGAAAUAAUGAUUGGUAUACUUUAUUUUGUGAUGGGCCCGAUCAUGAUGCCGUCUACGGUGUUCGAAGAGGCGGUGAAUUCGGUGAAUUGAUAAUUGGUAAAGAACUGAUUGAAUUUGAGAAUGGGGAUAUAUCAAUAAGAAACAGGCGUUUCAAACAAACUACGGGACUCAUCAGCCUUUUAUUCAAGAGGGAGCCGACCAAAUAUAGCACUGAGGAUAUGAGCAGCUAUAAAAUGAUAUUGCUUCUGAGUAAUGCUCACAAGCAACUGUAUGAAGAAAACGGCAAAAUAAAUUCAAACAGGAGUUUGAAGUGGCACAAGUGGCAGAUUUCAGGUUUCUGGGGUGGCAGGUAUCAGGAGUGGCAGGUAGCAGGAGUGGCAGGUGGCAGGGGUGGUAGGAGUGGCAGGUGUCAGGAGUGGCAGGUGAGUGGCAGGUGUCAGGAGUGGCAGGUGAGUGGCAGGUGUCAGGAGUGGCAGGUGGCAGGAGUGGCAGAUGGCAGGAGUGGCAGGUUGAAGAAGUGGCAGGUUGCAGGAGUGGCAGGUGGCAGGAGUGACAGACUUCAGGAGUGGCAGGUAGCAGGUAGUAGAUGUUCUCCACAUUGUUCAUGGAGAGGGAAGGGAGGGAGGGAGGGAGAGAGAGAAAAAGAGGGUGAUGAAUAUAUUUGGAAAACCGUAAAAUACACGUGCGAGAAGAAAAAUGCUGAUUCUGGUGCUGAUGAAUUGAACGUACCUAGCAGAGAAGCAAUGCCAGCUGCCUGA